AUGCCUGGUCCACUCUCACCAUAUAUCACUCCCCCUCCCUCACUACCCGACUCGGUUUGUUCUUUUCGUCGAACGUCCCUGGACGAUAUCGAUCCUGAACCUCAUCCUCACCCCUUCCAAUACCGUCGCUUAUCUCUGGACGAUAUCGCUCGACCGAAACAUCACUAUAACCUCUCGUCUCGUCGCUCAUCUCUCAACGACAUCUCACAACCUGCUCAACAUCACUUUUUCCGACGCCACUCGGAAAUCUUUCGACCAACCCUCAACGCUCGUGUCCGUCUACCUCCUCUAUCUGCUAUUACCGACUGUAGUGGUGGUGAGGAUGCCGAAGGUGACGAUGACGAUAGUCGAUCGAUUGGACGAGCAGAUAAACGUCGUCGAGUGACCAGAGGUGGCAAAUCGGUCGAUAUCGUACCUUCACCUAGGAAAGACAGUAUUUCCAGAUCAGGUGAGGAUGGUGGGUCGACGUCACCAUCCAAUCAACCAAGUUUGCUGCCGAAUCGAAAUGGUCGAGGCAACGGACCACCAACGCUAGCACAUAUCAAACCCAUCGGAUUCGCCGCAUCUCGAGAAGCAAAGAGGGACGACGGGACUGGCUCACAGGCAUUGCCUUCUCCAGUGGUGAUGGGUUUUGAUUUCAAGACGAUUGAUGAAGAUCAACUCAAGACUGUCCGAGAUACGAUCUCGAUCAAAGAACAACAGCAGGCUUUGAUCGCUGCUCGAAGGAGAGAAGUAGCUCAAUCUCAACCUUCCACGCCAAAGGAAUUGACUUUCAAAGGUUGGGCACCGAAAGAUCCCGAAAAUCCCAUUCCGACACCCAGAGAAAGCUUCAGUACCGCCGCUGGACCUAAUGGUCCACCCCCUCCCCUCAGCGCCGGUGGUGGUGUAGGUAGAAGAAGGGAGAAGACAAGGGAUAAAGUCGAGAAGAUGAGUAUAGUCACUUCUGCUACUGAGAGGGAUGUCGUACCAGGAUCAAAGAGUGCACCACUCAAUCAAGGACUCGCAUCUCAACAGGCUUCGCCUCGAGAACCGCCUUCAGGUAGUCAGACUGCCGUGCCUCCACAUACGCUUCCUCCCAUCCAUGGAUACGGUCAUCACUCGCUUAAUGGUUUGACUGAUCCACGUACCGCCCCUCUACGACGAGGUGGAGAGGAACAUGAAUUUGCAAGGCAACAGGGACCUUCUUCGUCGUAUUACAACUUACCUCAAACACGACCUUUAGCUAGGCCGUACGAUACCCAAAGAGGACCUUCAACGGGGAUCCCAAGCGAGCGAAGGAACUUUUCUGUACCUUCAACAAACUUGCAACCACCUCGAUACGAGAUCCCCUCUCCGAGAAGAAUCAGUAAUGCUUCCACCUCGACGGCAGCUCAACAUCAACAACAAUCCAACUCGCCCAUCUCACCUAGAGUAUCUCGUGAGAUAUUCCUGGCACCCUUCAAUCAACUGUACGGCCUACUCAGCUCGACCGAUAGUCUGAGGUAUAAUCUGCAAGACCUACAUAAUCGAUAUGAAGUUUUGUUUCAACAGCAAUUAAGUCAAAUGACGGAGUUUAAAAGUACAGCCAACGCUUCAAAUACCCUCUUAGGCAAUCUACAGCAGUCUGCUGAUAGUUUGAAAGAAAUGGUUAGGUAUGAGGUGGAGAGGAAUAACUCGAAUAAGGAUAGGGAGAUUGAGGAGUUGAGAGAGAGGUUGAGGAGGUUGGAGGAAAGGGCAGAUGGGGAGAAGAAGGAUUAG